UAUGACUUUCGUCACGACUCUUCAUAUCGCUUUAUUGAUUCGUGUCUCGGUUCUCGUACUCGGUCUUGGUCUACAUAGUUUUUGUGCGUUUUCGAUAUGGCGAGUCAGACCCAAGGAAUCCAACAGCUUCUAGCUGCUGAAAAACGCGCUGCGGAGAAAGUCAGCGAGGCAAGGAAGCGAAAAGCGAAACGCCUAAAGCAGGCCAAGGAGGAGGCUCAAGAUGAAGUUGAAAAGUACAGACAGGAGCGUGAAAGGCAGUUCAAAGAAUUUGAAGCCAAGCACAUGGGUACCAGGGAAGGUGUUGCGGCCAAGAUCGAUGCCGAGACCAAAGUUAAGAUCGAAGAGAUGAACAAAAUGGUCCAAACACAGAAGGAGGCGGUCAUCAAAGACGUCUUGAAUCUGGUGUAUGACAUCAAACCCGAACUCCACAUCAACUACCGCUUAAAUUAAGCAAAUUAUUGUAUUUAAUACAUAAUUUACGCCUAAUUAACUUAAUUUGAUCAACUUUAUUUUAAAAAAAAAUUGUAUAUUAAUUUGACAGAUCAUUGUAACAAGCGUAUGUAGGCAGGUUUUCUUGGAGCCGUCUUAAUAAAAAAAAAAACAGCAAGGCGCAGAAAAUGAAAUGUCAAAGUGCAAUUUUUUUGCCAAGUAAUUUAUUGUAUGAGAAAUCAGCUCGGUACCAUUCCAAGUGUUGAGAAUUCGCUACGAUAAUUUAAAAUUUAAAUAUGAAAAAAAAUAAUGAAAUGUAAUCAACCUGUAUGUUACUCGAUGUUGUAUGUUGAAUAGAUUAUAAAUAAACGUUGAAAAAAGGCUUUUAAAUCUUUUCUUUGUAGUUCAAGGAUGUGUACAGUAUUAGUGUAAAAAUAUAUUGUAUUGAUGUCAA